GUCUGAGCGAGGACGGAUGUUAUAACAGCUGCACAGAAAGAUGGCACUGCUCAUGGAUACCAGGCUGCUGCUGAGAAAAAUCAAAGAUUUAAGAAGUUUAACCUCAAAACGAUACAGAGUCAAAGAGAAAUGGGUAUGUCAACAAUGCAAUGGUCUUUGUGUGCAUAAAAGCUGUACCAUUUAGGUGUUUGAAAUGAUCUUAAUGUUUGGUUUAGUGAAGUUACCAGAAAAUUUUGAAACUACUGAAUUUGAUGAUAACUUACAUUUGCCUUCUCUGAUUUAAUUUAAAGACUGGACAUAAAAAAUUGCUCCUGAAAUGAAAAUAAACUGAAUUAAGAAUAAAUAACAGCUAAUAUUGUGGACUUAUUCAAAGUAUUAAAAUCAACACCACAGAACAACAAUGGCAUAAACAUGCUCUGAAUAUGAAAUGAGAAUCGUUUGAUUGAUUAAGAGAUGAAAAACUGCUCUCACACCACUUUAAAACUUAUUUAAAUUACAAUUUUGACCUUUCUUUCUUUCUGGCAGGCUGCAACACGUGCCAAGUACCCUCCCACCACUCUGGCCCUGCGGCACUUUGACUCCACAUACAGCACCCAGCUGGGGAAGCUGUGGCCGUCGAUCCGGGUGGCCCUGCUGUCAGAAAGGAAAUAUGGAGCCCUCCUCAAUAAUUUCUCUUUUGAUGAUAUUCCUGAAGACUACGAAGCUCAGGGAUGCAGAGACUUCAUCAGGGACACUGAUACAGAAGGUAGGAUCCAGUGAACUUCUCAAUCUUGGCUUAGUGAUUUGCUCCAGGCUGAGAGACUGAGAGCUCACAAAUCCCAGUAACUGUGUUUUUGGAAAGCUGAUUUUGCAUUCCCUUUCAGUGUAAAUAUUCUUUAAUGACAGAAUAUGUUUUAAAGGGAUAUUCCAGCGUAAAAUUGAGUUAAGGUCAAACACACUGUAACACCGAGUUAGACACCCCCUCGAGAGAUGAAUGUUGCCGACCGCUUGCCUUUCUAGUUAUACCAACUUCAGUAACGACCGCAGAUAGCAAUACACAGAGCCACACGCUCACCAAAAAGUCACUCUAUAGCCACAAAUAAUGCUCAGAACAGCACCUAACUUCAUCAACAGUACAUAUAGGGUCCCAGCCAUAGUACUAGUCACCAAACAUCUUUUUAACUUUGCCUGACUUCUUUAGCAAAGAGACUAAACACAACUCACCUACAAUCUUCCAGCAGCCGCUUGUUUGUACGGAGUCCUCUGGACGAGUCCAUCGACUGCUGCAGUGGGGGGACGCAGCUCAAGGAAGAACAUUUAUGAUAACAUGUAUGCUAAAGAAAUUAGGUAAAGCUAAAAAGAUGUUUGGUGGCUAAUGCUAUGGCUGGGACCCUAUAUGUACUGUUGAUGAAGUUAGGUGCUGUUUUGAGCAUUAUUUGUGGCUAUAGAGUGACUUUUUCGUUGAGUGCAUGGCUCUCUGUAUUGUCGUUACUAAAGUUGGUAUAACUAGAGAAGCAAGCCUUUGGCAACAUUCAUCUCUCGACGGGGUGUCUAACUCGGUGUUAUGGUGUGUUUGAGCCUAAUUUAAUUUUACGCCAGAAUAUCCCUUUAAUGCUUUAUAUUUGAAAAUUAGCUUUAUGAAAGCGGUAAAAUCAAACUUUUACAAAUUUUAUUUUGCAUUCUUUUCCCCUGCAGCUCAACCACGUCUGCAGCAAGAAUCUGAAUUUGUAGCUGAGAGGGAAUCUGACUGUGUUUCCGUGCAAAAUGCUGACGCUGACAGUCUGCAGCUUCCUCCACUACAGCUCAGUCGAAACGUCAAGUGCUUGGUGUUUCCAAGAGGGGAUAUCACACGAUUUAAACCUGCCAAGUGAGCUCAUUUAUUAUUCAUGGAUGAAAUCUAACACCUUCUUCCAAGUCUGGUUUGUAGCUGGAUAAAUGUGUAUUUUUGUUGUAGACAUUUAAUUCAUAAUUGGUGUGGUAAGCCCUUUUACUUGUUCUCCAAAGACCAGAUAAGAGCGGUUUACUGAGUUAUUACCUGAUGGAUGCAGCAUCUGUGCUGCCAUGUCUUGCACUGAACGUUGAGGAUGGUCAUAACGUGCUUGACCUCUGUGCUGCUCCAGGAGGCAAAACUUUGGCUUUACUACAGACACACUCUCUUGGUAAGAGGAGUUUUUGCAUUUAAUUUUGCAUAUAAAAUGUUAAAACCAUCUUCCUCUGGUGUUUGUGAGAAAAAGUCAACCAAUUGUGGUUUGUUUUUGUACUUUAGGAUUUUUGUGCGUAAAUGACGCAUCUGUGUCUCGAACAAUGCGACUUAAAAGGGUCCUCAGAAGCUACAUUCCCAAAGAUCUUCUGACUGACGAGAAACUGCGCAUCACGUCCUUUGAUGGUACAAUGUGGGGCGAAGUUGAAACAAACGUAUUUAACAGAGUAAGUCAGAAAGUGUCAGCAUUGAAUCAAAUGUUUAUCCAGAUACAAUCACUUUGUUAACUGUUUCUUUCUUGUGUCUCCUCAGGUCCUUGUUGAUGUCCCCUGCACCACAGACAGACACUCAUUACUGGAGGACGACAAUAAUAUCUUCAACAAGAGCAGAGUUGGCGAGAGACGAAGGCUGCCGCAGCUGCAGACAGAGCUGCUGCUGUGAGUGGAUGAAACUGUCAAGAUAAAAUGAAUGUUUGUGAUGGUAGAUGUUGUCAGAUUAUUACAAAGCAACAAUUGAACAGACUCCUCUCUUCCUUUUUAAAGGGCGGGGAUCUUGGCUGCUUGUCCUGGUGGGGAGAUUCUUUACUCCACCUGCACGCUCUGUCGUAGCCAGAACCAUAGUGUGGUGGAACAGGCCAUCCAAUUAGCCCAAGAGAACCACGGCAUCCAGCUCCAGGUCAGACACUCACUGUAAACUGCUCAGAGAUUUAGUCAUUGGAAGUGAACUAUUCCAAAGGUUUUGACCUCUUGAAUAUAAAAGUUCCCUAGUGAUGAAUAUGGAACAACAAAUAAUUUCACUUUUGUUGUUCUUUUUUCCCUCUUUGCCAUGAUUUACAUACAGGUUGUUGACCUUCGACCCCUCACUCACAUGUUUAGGAAAACAUUUCACUUCGCUCCCGACCUCCCCCUGGGUGAGAUGGUCGUCCCACACUUAGCUGCUAACUUUGGCCCAAUCUACAUGUGCAAACUACGGAGGCUCACAUAGACUGUGGACUGACAGACUCUGUAUUUAUGAAUUAAGGACACAAGUGUGUGUUUAAACUGUGUUUGCUGGAGCACAGUUCAAGAAGUACUUUUUUUUUUUUUACAUGGUGGACUAUUUAAAACAUGGAAAAAAAACACAUUAUUUAGCUGAAGGACCUGAAAACAUCCCUAAAUCUCUGGAAAAUAUUUGCCCACUGUUUUUUUUUUGAGGAAGUCAUUUUAAAAAAACAAAACAGACUUGUUUGGCACUUAUUAAAACACACAUUAUAGAAAUGGUUUGUGUUUGCAAUAACUGAUAUAAUUGUUAAAAAAUGGCUGAAGCAAUGACCUUGACUGUCAAGGUAAGUGAAAUGAUCUUUGAGGUUUAAUCAGUUACAGUAUUUAUCUGCAAAAACAAAGUGCCAUUGGUACUAUUUUUCCUUUUUUCUGUGCAAGAGUCCACACAUAACACUGUGCCUGCCCAGCCUAUCCCCACCUACAUACAUAAUCACCACCCAGGGCCAAAAUCAUCCAAGUCUUUCAAAAAUAAGAGCAUAAAAAGAACUCAUGCAUGAGAAAAAGAAUUCAAAACAGAAUCUUUGUCACUGUACCCAUACAGGAAACUUUUGGCCUGGAUCAAUCACAGCACAAUCAGUGCACAAUGGAGUACUCAUGUCUUUGCUGGUUUUGGCCUUUAUAUCAAUAGGUUGUUCUCUUUAAUUAAAGAUUUCAUCCUGCUUUCUUUUAAAAGUCAAAAAUAUCUCACUCUGUUAAUCUUUGAUGUAGUAAAUGUCAACAGGCUCUUUUACAGCAUGCUGUUAUCAAGGGGUAACUUCUGACCAUAAGAGACAGAGCCAGUGUAUAAGUUCUAAAAACCAAGCCCACCCAGAAGCCACAUGCACACCCAUUCUAAAAAUCUGGUUAAAAAAUAAAACUUAGUCUGUCUCUAUUUUUAGACCACAUAAGUUUUAAGGCGAGUUUUGCAUGAUCAGGGCACGGCUGAUUUUAAUGACAAGUGGACACACUGUAACUCUUGGCCAGGAGGAUGAAGGUUCACCUCAACUACACCUCUUUGUGCAAAACCCCCCUUAAGUUAGGCUGAGUCAACAUUUCCAGUUUGCUUCAAAAGAUUUGUAAGACCAAUCUUCAGCGAAUGAAAGACUAGAGGAAAAUAAGCAGGGACCAGUGGAGGCUAGAGUUUAAAAUCAGGGUUAUUAUACGGGGCAUAGAAUUCUGAACUCUUCUUGUAUAAAAGCGUUAGUAUCUUAUUGAACUUGUUUAUAUGUCUCAAUUUUCGCUGCACUGUAUGUGUACACUACUUUUCCAGCUUUCCAAUAAAUCUCCUUCAGUUUUAGAUGUAGUUUUAAUUCAGCCCUGUAGGUGGCAGCCUUAGUUAAAAGGUAAAAGUAUCUUGCAUCGUCUGUGCCCACAAGAGGCCGUAAAGCUGUGUCUGUAAAGGUUUAAAGAUGAAAGAAGCUCCAAGUCUUUUACUGUGUCAGAUGAUGAAGACUUCAGGCUGCAGAACCACAUUACUGAAACUCAAAUUUCCAUCAUCAUCAUCAUCACCACCUUCUUCCUUUAACUCAACUAAAAUGUGGUCUGUUUGUUCUGUGGUUAUUCAUCAGGUUUGAUGGCUUUGCCUAAUAAUGCAGUGUAUGGCUAUGUUGAAGGGGGGAAUAAUGAACAGGCAGAUAAUGACUUAUUUGACCAUUUGGCUUUUCACAUCUGAAUCUGUGCAACUUUCAUUAUAAAAGCUGGAUCGACUCAUGUUUUGCAUUGACAUCACUCAGAGGUGAGAUGUUCCCUAAUGUGAGCGCUGAGGUGCCUCUUUUUCCAUCACACCGUCGAUGACCCUUUAUGUUGUCCUGCACAGGCAAUGUAGCGUGAAAAAGGUGUGUGCAUGUGUGUGUGUUUCUAACGAGUCCACCAUCCACAUCCUUCUGUCAUUAAGCCGCUCCAAGCGCAGGAGCUGACUCCCAUCCCUGUGCAGGGACGGACGGCAGCCAUGCGGCUCCCAGAUGAACAUUAAAGAGGCAGCAGAGAGCUAAAAUGGGACGUCUCGGCCUGUUUUGCCCCUGCGCUUUUUUAUUCCACAGAUGAGUGCAGAUAAUUUCCUGUGCGAUUGUGAGUGAUUACUGUAUUACUGCGGUAAAAGGGGGAUGUAUCUGGGAAUGCAGAGGGAAUUAAUGACACAUAAAAACUAUUUUUGUAUUGACUGCUUUCGUCUCCAGGGCCUUGAGUGCCUCCUCGCACAUCGUGUGAUUACCUAAACGUAUUGUAAAUAUGUGUUUCCUAUGGGCUCUUCCAUAAAUUUACAUGUUUUAACACUCAGGAGACGGUCGACUGUUAGAGAUGAGUUACUCUCUAUUCUCUCUGUCUAUUGACUCCCCUCGCUGUCUGCUUUAUUAUUGAAUUAGCCAAUGAACCGCUGUCUAUUUGUGUCCCUGUGUGUAAGCCUGUGUUAGGGAGACGUAUGCUGUGUAUUAGAAAGAUGAAUAUUAUGGAUUUAACCACACA